CACCUGCACACACACACACACACACACACACAUAAAUGAGACGUGGAGUGAUGCUAUGAAGGAGGUGGAUUCACAUGAAGGACAGCGCAGCAGAGACAACUGGAGUGGAGGAGGGGGAGUCAAACACAUUGGGACAAGAACAUGACUUGAAGAUGAGCUGUCCUCAGGCUGAGUUAGAGGAGAAGGACUGUCCUCCACCAGAGGAAUUAGAAUGUAAAAUCUGUUACCAACGCUACAAUGCCCACAACCGCAAGCCUAAGAUCCUGGACUGCCUUCACCGGGUCUGCGCCCGCUGCCUCAUUAAGAUCCUGGACAUUGCUGAAGUGGCAGGUUUCAUCUCCUGCCCCUUUUGCCGACACCAAACCGAGAUCACAGAGUAUGAGGUGUCAGCCCUGCCUGAUGAUGCUAAUAUCAUGUCCCACAUGGCAAUGCGGGACAAAUCCUGGAGCUCCGACCACAACGGGGAGGUGGUCCUAACUCCAAAGAGUUUCUCCUCCUCCAGCCCGUCUCACGACUCCUCCAACUGCCUGGUCAUCACUAUAAUGGAAGUGCAGAGGGACUCACAGCACUCCCCAAGUCGAAAUGCCAGCUCUGACGUCUUUGCUGAGCAGAGCCUGGACUCAGUAUCGAUGGGCUCCAAUGGGCCAGCUGAUCAGGACGCCAUGUCCAAGUUCUGUAAUCAUGUCCCACGCAUCCUGGUCUGGCUGCUGGGUUUCUUAUAUUUUGGCUCACUGCCUCUAGGAAUCUACUUGUUGGUGAUCCAGAGAGUGACGCUAGGCAUUGUAUGUGUUAGCUUGGUGCCAUCAAGCCUGACAGUUUGCCUGGUCUACGGGUUCUGCCAGUGUCUGUGCCAGGGCAUGUGUGACUGUUCCUCCAGGGGCUGAUAUGAUGCUACCUGAGAACUGGUGGUCCUAGGAUGGGAUAAAUUCAGCUGCAGUAAACAGGUAUUUGAUGUGUUUUGUUGAUAGAUAGGAGGCCCAAAUGUGAAGAUGAUCCUACACAGGCUUUAUAAGCUCACCAGUCAGUUAACUUCAUGGAAAUAAUGGGCCAGUAAAAAGACCUAAGAAGACCUUUAGUGUUGGUCUAGGCUUUUGUUAGGCCGACUGCUGCAACUCAGAAACCAGUUUGGCCAACACGAACAGAGCCCCUCACAAGCUCUGUUAGUUGGAGCAGCGCCUAUACCUACAUUUCUGUGAUGUAUUUCUGUAACCUUUAUUUGUUCUGUGGUGUGUGAGUAUGACCUAGUCUAACAUAGCAUUUGAGAGUAGACCUUCAGUGUUUGACUAACAUAAUGAGAGCACUGAGAGUCCUGGGCCCUCAUUUAUCAACACUGUGUACCAACACAAAACUUGCAUGCAAUCAGUAUUAAGUGAUGUCUGUAUAUUUUGGUAUAGCUCUAAACCACGCAUACACACAGCACUUUGUGGUGACAAAGGAGCACUACAAAUGAAAUACCAUCCACCAAAUGGCAAGGGUGUUGAUUUAAUGGACCACAUGCGCAAUCUGUAAAGAAAAAUUCAUAGUAUUUCUAUAGUCUAAAUUAACAUUGUGUAUUUACUUGGUUUUCUCAGGAUGUUAUUAAGUUAAUUAACAAUUGCAUUUAAGCAUGACUGGAUAAUUGCCAGCUGCCAAUAAUCAAAAGGCAGGAAAAUGUUGUAGGCAAUUUUUGCCACCAGUUAAAAUCAAAAGGCACCUCUUAGACACUGAUUGACAGUACAAAUAUAGAAAAUAUUUUCAAAUCAAUUCAUUUCAAUUUCUUUUUUUUUUAGUGACUGUUCUUCACACUUACAAGCCAGCAUUAAUGGUAGCACGCCAUGUAACCAAAUAUUUCUUCUCUCUGUUAAAACUGCAGGUAACUCAUAAUUGUUAACUGUGAUACUGGUCUUGCCAUCAGCUCCAAAUAUCAUCAAUAACUGUAUAUUGUAUGGAAGAAAAGCAUUGGUGGGCUGAUAUCUAUGGGUUGAAAGGUAUCAGUCUGUUAAACCUGUUAAUAUAAGUCUGUUGCAACAUCUUUAUAUCCUGGUUGAAACAAUGCUCUUCCAGGGGAAUGUGGUCAUAAAUUAGCUAUUGUGAGAAUAGCGACUUUACAAUUUCUGUGUAUUGUUGAACAAUGCAAGGAAUAUUACAGGAAAAGACUGUCCAUUUGGCUGGAUUUUUCACCAUAAAAACUCUGUGUUCAAAUUAAGUGUUUCAAGCAAGGAAGAAAAAGGAUAUUUGCAUGCAAUGCACAUUUCAGCCAGGACAAAAUACUAAUUAACUGUGAAUUGGCCGUAAUUAUAUUACUUAUUUUACUGUCACAGCAGUAGCUUUGGGCAUCCAUGUUAUGAGGCUGUUAGUAUCGCUUACUGAAUGUGCCCCUCUCCUUCUCUCUCUCUCUGCCUGUAAUACAGACACACACCAUUCAGGUUGUUAUGUUGAAUCGAUUUGGUGCAUGUGAUGCAUAAACUGGACUCAUAUCUCAGGUUUUUUGAUACUCUUUCAAUGUUCAGCAACACACUUUCCAUUCAGUUCCUUGUUGGGAUGAACGAGGCAGGGCUGCUCUCUUGCAUUUUGUGGUACUGGUUGUGUGGUACGCAUUUGGCUCAAAGGUACAGUUUAUGGCUAUGGGAGUCCUCUGUUACCUUCAUGCUUCACGGUGCACAUACUGCCAUACUAAAGCCAUGUGGAUUUGUUGUUGUGUCGCACCUCAAGGUUGUGUGCAUUAUACAUGUAAUGGCAUCUUGUUUUUUGCUCCCCUACAUGUACCAUCCUGGCAUAUGAACUUCUGAAAGAAAGGUCACAAUAAACUAUGGUGUUGUUUUAAUAA